AGCAUCCGGCCCUUCAGCUCGACAUCCGCGCGCUUCGACUGGCUGGGCCCCAAGUCCGGCCACAACAAAAAGGACCGCAAGGGCCGGCCACACGUGGCCACGGGCGGCUCGACGCGCGGCACCACGGUCGUCUGGGGCGACUACGGCAUCCGCAUGAAGGACCACGACCGCCGCAUCUCGGCCAAGCAGCUCAAGAUUGCCGACGAGACGAUCCGCAAGCGCCUGAGGGGCAUGAAGUUCCGCAUGUACACGCGCGUCGCCGCAAACAUUGGCGUGUACACGUCGGGCAACGAGAGCCGUAUGGGCAAGGGCAAGGGCACCUUCGACCACUGGGCCACGCGCGUCUCCGUCUCCAAGAUCCUCUUCGAGAUCAAGGGCGAUUUGCACGAGCAGGUCGUGAGGGACGCGUUCAGGCUGGCGGGCAACAAGCUUCCCGGCUUGUACGAGUUUGUCAAAAGGGGCGACCCGCCCGUCAUGGGCAUCACGAAGCUCACCAACGGCGUGACAGAGGAGAUGCUCCGGCGGCCGCGCGUGAAGCUGCCGCUCGAGCAGACUGCCGCCCGGUUACCCGCCACGACCGAGGUUUAG